UGGCGCGUGCGCGGUGCGCGCAGGCAGGGCGGGGCGCGUGCGCAGUGUCGCUCCCCGCGGGCCAUGGCGGGCGGCGGGGCCGUGCGGGCCGCGGUGGCCGCGCUGCUGCUGGCGGCCUGGAGCGCACACGGGCUCUAUUUCCACAUCGGCGAGACCGAGAAGCGCUGCUUCAUCGAGGAGAUCCCGGACGAGACCAUGGUCAUCGGGAACUACCGGACACAGCUGUGGGACAAACAGUCGGAGUCAUUCCUGCCAUCCACCCCCGGCCUGGGCAUGCACGUGGAGGUGAAGGACCCCGAUGGAAAGGUGGUCCUGUCGCGCCAGUACGGCUCCGAGGGACGUUUCACCUUCACCUCCCACACACCGGGCGAGCACCAGAUCUGCCUCCACUCCAACUCCACCCGCAUGGCGCUCUUUGCCGGCGGCAAACUGCGGGUGCACUUGGACAUCCAGGUGGGCGAACACACCAACAACUACCCCGAAAUCGCCGCCAAGGACAAGCUGACGGAGCUGCAGCUCCGCGCCCGGCAGCUCCUCGACCAGGUCGAGCAGAUCCAGAAGGAGCAGAACUACCAGCGGUACCGAGAGGAACGUUUCCGCAUGACAAGCGAGAGCACCAACCAGCGGGUGCUCUGGUGGUCCAUCGCCCAAACCAUCAUCCUCAUCCUCACCGGCGUCUGGCAGAUGCGGCACCUCAAGAGCUUCUUCGAGGCCAAGAAGCUGGUGUAGCCCCUCCCGUGUCACCCCACAGCCCUUGGGGGAACUACUGGGACCCAGACGGGGAGUGGGGAGGUUUGGGGGAGCCCUGCGUGCCAGCGGGGAGGGUCGGGGCCGGCCCCUGCGGUGGCGUUUUGUGGGAAAAUAAAGGAUUUUUGGGGUCGGA